GAAGAAGAAACUCUGUCCUUUAUCAAAGAAAGCCUUGAGAAGAGUGACCAGCUCACCAAGAACAUGGUUUCAAUCCUCUCCUCCUUUGAGAGCCGUUUGAUGAAGCUGGAGAACUCCAUCAUCCCUGUCCACAAGCAGACAGAGAACCUGCAGCGUCUGCAGGAGAACGUGGAGAAGACCCUGUCCUGCUUGGAUCAUGUCAUCAGUUACUACCACGUGGCCAAGGACACAGAGAAGAUCAUCAAGGAAGGCCCCACGGGGAGGUUGGAGGAAUACUUGAAUUGCAUGGACAAAAUCCAGAAGGCAGUGGAGUACUUCCAGGACAACAACCCUGACAGCCCGGAGCUGAACCGUGUGAAAUCCCUCUUUGAGCGGGGCAAGGAAUCCCUGGAGUCGGAGUUCCGCAGCUUGAUGACCCGACACACCAAGCCAGUGCCACCCAUCCUGAUCCUGGACCUGAUCAGUGGGGAUGAAGAGAUGGAUACACAGGAGGAGAUGUCCCUGGAGCACCUCCCGGAGAGCGUCCUGCACGACAUCGUCCGCAUCUCGGGCUGGCUGGUGGAGAACGGCAGGAACCAAGAUUUCAUGACAGUUUACUUCCAGAUCCGCUCUGUGCAGCUCGACCGCUCCAUCAAGGGGCUGAAGGACCAUUUCCGUAAGAACAGCUCCUCCUCAGGGGUGCCCUAUUCCCCUGCCAUUCAGAACAAAAGGAAGGACACCCCCACCAAAAAGCCCAUCAAGAGACCAGUCCUCAUCCCAGGCACGAUCCGUAAGGCUCAGAACCUUCUGAAACAGUACUCUCAGCAUGGUCUAGAUGGGAAAAAGGGGGCCUCUAACCUCAUUCCUAUGGAAGGGAGGGACGACGUCUUCGACAUCGAGAUCGACGCGUACAUCCACUGCGUCAGUGCCUUCGUCAAACUGGCCCAGAGCGAAUACCAGCUCCUGACAGAAAUUGUCCCAGAGCACCACCAGAAGAAGACCUUUGAUUCUCUCAUCCAGGAGUCAUUGGAUAAUUUGAUCAUGGAGGGUGAUAACAUUGUCUCAGCUGCCCGGAAAGCCAUCAUCAGACAUGACUACUCAGCUGUGCUCACAAUCUUCCCCAUCCUGAAGCAUCUCAAGCAGAUGAAGCCAGAAUUUGACCAGGUUUUGCAGGGAACUGCUGCAGGCACUAAGAACAAACUGCCAGGGCUGAUCACUUCCAUGGAGACCACUGGUGCAAAGGCACUGGAAGAGUUUGCAGACAACAUUAAGAAUGAUCCAGACAAGGAGUACAACAUGCCAAAAGAUGGAACAGUUCAUGAACUCACCAGCAAUGCCAUCCUUUUCCUACAGCAAUUACUGGAUUUCCAGGAGACAGCAGGUGCCAUGCUGGCAUCACAAGUUCUUGGGGACACAUACAAUAUUCCUUUAGAUCCCAGAGAGACCAGCUCCUCAGCCAGCAGCUACAGCUCAGAGUUCAGCAGGAGGCUGCUGAGCACCUACAUCUGCAAAGUUCUGGGCAACCUGCAGCUUAACCUGCUUAGCAAAUCCAAGGUUUAUGAAGACCCAGCUUUGAGUGCCAUUUUUCUGCAUAACAACUACAACUACAUUCUGAAAUCUCUGGAGAAGUCUGAGCUGAUCCAGCUGGUGGCUGUGACACAGAAAACAGCUGAGAGGUCCUACAGGGAGCUCAUUGAGCAGCAGAUCCAGACCUACCAGCGCAGCUGGUUGAAGGUGACAGAAUACAUCUCUGAGAGAAACCUGCCUGUCUUUCAACCAGGAGUGAAGCUCAAGGACAAGGAGAGGCAGAUGAUAAAGGAGCGCUUCAAGGGUUUUAAUGAUGGGCUGGAGGAGCUGUGUAAGAUCCAGAAGGCCUGGGCCAUCCCAGACAUGGAGCAGCGGGACAAAAUCCGCCGGGCACAGAAAACCAUUGUGAAAGAGACCUAUGGUGCCUUUUUGAGCAGAUUUGGCAACGUGCCCUUCACCAAGAACCCUGAGAAAUACAUCAAAUACCAGGUUGACCAGGUGGGGGAGAUGAUUGAGAAGCUGUUUGACACGUCAGCAUAAAUUUCCAGCUGUUGUGAACUCUCCAGCUGCCAAGUACAAGCCAGUGCUCUCUCAGCAACCCUUGGGACUCCCUUCCCUUCUCCCCUGCCCCAUUGUGGUGGGCAGGGUGUUAUACUUGUAUUUAUCAGAUUUAUAAACCUGUGGAAACACUAA